GCCGUCAGAAGGCUCCCGAGAGUAAUCGAAGGCCAGCAUAAAAAUCGUUUAGUAUUGACCAAACGAGGUGUCUAGGGUUCCAAAUACGCCUUCUAGAGGCGCGUUUUUAGUGUCAUUGUGUUCACUCUUCUUCUUCUUCUUCUUCGUAAAGGUCUAAGAACCGGAUUUAAGAUCUAGGGUUUUCAGAUUGCAUCACUCUUCUUCUUCUUCUUCUUCUUCUUCGUAAAGGUCUAAGAACCGGAUUUAAGAUCUAGGGUUUUCAGAUUGGAUUUGAUCGUUAACUGUAGAUUAGGGUUUCGAAUCUCGGUUAUAAAUCUGGUUAUUGUUGGGUCAAUUACUGGGAUUUAGUGAUAAUCGAAGCGGAAAAAAUCUGAGAUAUUAAUAUGAAGCUGUCGAGGAAAUGGAAGAGGGUUUCUUGGGCUCCUGGAGUUGUGCUUUGUCAGGUAAAGUUGUUUUCAUCUGAGGAUUGUCCUGCAAAAGUUGGCAUGAAAUCUGAAGAUCAUCUUCAAGCAAAGACAUCAUUGCAUUCUAAUCGUAUGGAAUCUAAUGAUUUACCACCUGGGUUUGAAUGCGGUUCCUUUGAGAAUAAUUUGAAGAAAGAGCUUUCCCACAUCCGUCCAAUUAAGUGGAAAUGCCCUCCCAAUUUUGGUAUUGGUCACAACUGGCAAGUCGUAGCUGGUGAAGAAAGCACAGAGGUUGAGGCUCAAAACUUAAGGGAAACGAGAGUGCUGGAAGCUGUUUAUCCACGAUCUUCGGCCAUUCCUCCUAGUCCCUCGGUUUUUUUGGACAUAGAACGUGAACAUUAUGAUGAUAGCCUCACUCCUCUAGUUCCCCUAACACCUAUUGAAGAAGAUGAAGCUGCCGACAUACCAUCUGAUUUGACAGUACCUGGGAACAAUCCUGUUUGCUCACUACCGGUUGCAUUGCCCCAAGGGCUAGUGGCAUCUGGUGCUCUAGCGGCAUCUACCAGUGAAAAACCAGCGCUUGGAAGUUUACCUAGUAUAGGCGCGGACCCUGUCGCCGCCGCAUCUACUGCCUUGGCCGCAAUCCUGAAAAGCAAAGAGCAGGGAAGCUUGAUCGAUACCGAUUUGCUCAUUAAUAUCCUUAGUGACCCAAAAAUGAUCCAGAAAUUGAUUAAUGAUCAUCAAUCACUAGUGAGCACAGUGAGUGCACCGGAAACUGCAACUGCACGGGCCAAUAUGGUAAGUGCACCUUCAGGAACUGCACCCAUGUAUGCGUCAAAACCUGAUAUGAAAGGCCAUGGUAAGGGGAACUUGUACCAAGCUCUCAAUGGGGUACGACCUCCCCAACUGGAGACUGGAAUGAAGCAGGUAAUUCCAUCAGCCACCUUGUCGUUCCCAAAACCCAACCUAGUCCUUUCGACUAAGCCGGCAAAUGGAAAUAUUUAUACGGUGCCAAAUCAGGCGCGAGCAGCUUAUACAGCUCCAAUAUCUAGUCACACUUUCAUGGAAGCUCAAGCUGUUAAGGAUACCAACUACUAUAAGAACCUGAUUAGGCAACAUGGAGGAGAAAAGCAGGAAACUCAGGAACCUAUGCAUGCACAAAAUGGUAAUCACUUGAAAGACUUGAAAAUGGUACAAAACAUAAAUGCAGGAGAAGUGAAACCCAAGAGUAAAAAACGUUGCUUAUACUUUAAUGGCCCAAAGGGGUGUCGAAACGGGGUUAGUUGCCCUUUUCAGCACGAUGUGUCGUGUCAGUGGAGGACUGGUAGCAUUCUAGAGGUCCCGAGUGCGAAGAGAAUGAGACUGGGUGGGGAAAUAGUGUAGCCGAGGGUUCUUCCACUCAACUUCUUUGGGUUCUUUUGCACGCUUUGUUUUGACUCUAUAGUUUGUACAUAGAACUUCAUGGAGAGAGAGAGAGAGAGAGAGAGAGAGAGAGAGAGAGUGAGUGAGAGAGAGUGAGUUUCACAUAUAAUGAGGAGAGAGAACCCCCCUUCAUUUUGUAUCUCAAAAAAAAAAAAAGAGAGAACGAUAGUUUGACUUU